AGAAGAUGAAACAGUGAGGGUUCGAAAUCUGCGACAUAUAACACAUCAGCAAGAACAAUGUUCCGUCGUCAUGAGCGCGACACGCUGUCGCUUGGCGCUUUGCUCCAGAGUGGUGGAAGUACGGGUCUUUUCGGCAGAGGAAAGCGGCUUCCUGGCCCCGAAGAAGCUGCUCUUGGUACUAUUGCAGCUUCUUCUACCUUCCAGCAUGCAGGUGGAAGCCUGAUGCAUACAUUAAGGCUCAUAUCAUUUAUGAUCAAUCUCAUGUGGACAGUGCCUACUUUUUUUCAAUGAUCUACUACUCUACUUUUUUUCAAUAUCACAAUUAUGAUCUACUACUCUGUCUACUACUAAAGAGCAUCUACAACUCUACCACGGAUAAUGCUUGCCUACCUUUAACGAUGCCAGCCUCACCAGGCAGUCAUUUGCAGAAGGUGUCAGGCACACAUUUCGUAGUGGACCCCUUCAGGCCGAGCGCCUACGGUUUGAGGUUGAGUAACACUCGUCCGUCACGAGCUGUGGACGUAUACGGUCAUCAUGGAGUUUAUGCUUUUCAUGGUUGGUUCAUGUAAUAAAUCCCACUGUACGUUAGAAAAAGAGUUAUGAUUCAUCUCGUACCAGAAGCCAAAUAAGCGCAAUUACAUCUUCAGAGUGCGCAGCUACAACCAGAACCAACGCUCCUUCUUGCACCCCCACGACCUACUUUUUCAUAUUUUCCCAGCCGUGCAAUUCGGAACGGAUAUUAUGGCUAUCUUCAAACCUAAUUUUAUGUUCCACAGAUUCUGUGAGUAACGACACCAAUUGGCUAAGAAAAGAUCAAGCGAUAAAAAGGAGCUGCAACGCGAACAUGCAUUUUCGGAGCACUAAUUCACCUCCACACGGAGCUGCAGGUUCAGCGCUAGAUGGCCAUCAAUUGAUGAACACGGCAGGAGCAGAGCAAGAUGAGUUUGUUGGGGCAACGUUUCGAUUGGGUGCUACGUCGCGUGAGCUACGUCGCAGCGUCUUCAUGGAAACGCGAAGACCCCUGACACCGUUCGAAACUCGGGUAACGGCCAUAGUCCAUUCCAAAUUCUUCGAUGCAGCGAUUGGCUGUGUACUACUCGCAAAUGCCGUCUGCAUUGGAGCUGAACAAGAGUUGUUACCGACUAGAUCGCUUUCAUCAGCAGACGGGUACGGGAAUAGUGAAUCGAACACCUCCGAUACAUCUGCUUCAUCUCAAUCUUCCCUUCAAACUCUCUUCCACGCUUUGGACUACAUCUUCCUCUUCAUCUUCGCGUGUGAGCUGUUUCUUCGGUUCGUAGCGACUGCUGAGUGGAGAUUUAAAAAAUUCUCACGAUGGAUGUGGUUCGAUUUGGCCAUCCUACUGAUAGGAAUCUGCACAGAACUACUUCUUCCUCUCUUCUCCGGCAUAGAGGACGCGACAGUGCAAAGAAUAAAGGCGGUGCGAUGUAUGAGGGUACCACUUCUAGAGAGUUUUUGUCGAAAUGAGGUUGUAGAUCCAUGAGAUCGAAAUCUUCAUUCCUGUAGCAAUUUGGACUUGCCUCGGUGUCUUCAUCUCUUGUUGCAACGACCACGUAAAAAUGCUUGUUGAUAGACGUCACGUUGCGCCAUAUUAAUUUUAUCAUUUCGAGUAACCCAAAAAUCCCAAGAAGACAACAGCUGCAUACAGGUAGUUCGUCUCUUCGCUAUGGUGGAACACUUGUGGACUCUGGCUUUGACUUUCCUCUUCUCGGUUCAGCCACUGUUUUGGACCGUGGUCUUCCUGUUCAUCGUCGUCUUUCUUUUCUUAUGGUGUGAGAUUGUCAUGAGGACUACCUUUACGACCGCGACUGUUGAUAGAGAAUGAAUAGCGAUCCGGUCGCUCUCCCCACACACCCAUACAGAUACAUAGCUAGUAAUACUAGAAGGGAAUGAGGAUUCCCAGGAACGUAAGGGUUGCUUGAGCACCAGAACAAGCUCUAAUCAACGCAGUAGCCCUCACUGCCCUCUCAGCCGACGCCAUGCCACAGCGACAGACGUUGAGCGCGAUUCUUUCCCUAGUCCAAAUCAUGACUUUCGAUGAUUGGGUUAGGAAAACCGCAAAAAUCGUUGACGCCUCAGACGUGCAUCCGCUAUUGAUGAUUCUGUUCUUCUGCGUCUUUAUCUCUGUUAAGGCUUAUCGGCUACCGCCAAUCUAUCCCCAAGUCUUAGAUAAGUAUAAUUUACCUCAAGCCUACUCGGCGAGGGGAAAGAAACGCAGUUGUACACGAAUGGGAUAGAGAUGGGCGGUUUACGAGUAGCUCUAAUUACCUCGCAGUUCUAGCAUUGAUGAACUUGGUAACAGCGGUCGUGUUCGAUUCCGCAAGUCGGAGGGCCAACGAAGAGGAUGCCGUCAAACACUCGCUGUUUGGGUAUCAGAUUCUAGUUCAACGAGCGCAAGUGGAGUUUUUGACUGGAUUGCUGGACACGCAUCACAUUUACACGAAAGCGCGUAAGCGACACUUGUGGCGUGUCUUGAAUGGCAGUCCUACGGUUCAACGGGCUUUGGCAAAUUUGGGACUGAACUGCGAGGAAGACGUCUUUCGAGUCUUGCUGCCCUUGAUUGUUAUGGACAAAACACAAACGGUAGAGCGCGAUUUGUUAACAGAAGACUGAACAGCUAGAAAGCGAACGAUUACCAAUGCGAUAUUCUACUACCUUCACACGAAGACGAAGAUGCUCUACUUAGUGAAUAGAUUUUAAUCAUCCCACUUUUCUACAAUCUUACAGUAUCGUUUUUUCUGAGUUUUUCUUUCUUUGAUCCUAUGGUAAUCCUAUCCAAACCUAUUUACUUUCUCUAACCCCGACACCAACAAAACACAAACGGUAGAGCGCGAUUUGUUACUGCGAACUAUGCUAGUUCUCGACGCGGUCGGCCACAGCCCGCAACACGUUGCUUUGAUCCAGACAGCCCAGAGCGCCAAAUCAAAGCAAUACUUCCUCGCACGAGCUCUCCUACUCGAAGACCCUGCUUUGCCUGUAGUUGUCUGUGGGGACGAUAGAAGUACAGGUAGUACAACUAGUAGAGGUAGAAGAAGUUCUCCUUGUAGUGGUCGUAAAAAUAGAAGAACUUCUUCCAGCUCACCGCGAUCGCGUCGACCACGCACAUCCUCUUCAACCUCCAGACGAAACGAAACGAAAAAUAGUAAAGAUGUUGAUGUUGAGGAUAUUCUUGAAAGCAUAGCCGCUGAAGAUGAUCUUCACGGCCGUGAUGAUGAAGUGCUAGUAGCUGGCGAACAAACAAAACAGUUCGCAUCCACUUUAUUAGAGGAUCGCUUGAUUGCAGAAGCCUAUGGGAAAGAUGAUGAAGAAGGAAACCACGAUAACCUUGGAAACAAUUUAAGGAUUACAACUCAUUCAGCAUUCACCCUAAGAAGAGGCUGAGGCGUCUUUGACGUCUUUUCAAGGGGAAAACUGUCGAAGAUGCGCCCCGCCAAGAUCAAGAUUCAUCGUAAAAGUCUAAACAAUAAUAGAAGAAAUCAAGGAUAUCCUCAGGAUGCCAGAGGAUUCGGGAUUCUAGACGGUCAAGGACAUGGACUGGACGACGACGAUGACUCCUUGACGAUGUCAUUACCAUCGGAGUUUGCAGAUCUGGCGUCUAGACCACCAGGUAAUUCUAGGAGAUCCUCAGAUGAACAAAAAACUGCUUGGAAAAUACAAAUCACUCCCGCGGCACCUUCACUCGAGGAUGUUAAGGACACGUGUAUCAUAAUCAUUCUCAGUGUCCUCACAUGAUUCAAUAGCGAUGACAAUUUCAUCUUUCUCUUUUUCUCUUUACUGAGCUACUGUGAGAACCUGCUACUUUUACCAUCCACCCAAUUAUAUUCAUUUGUAAUAGUACCGGUAGUUGCAAUGGUGAUAGAGGAACAGUAGAGCCGGAGAAGCAGGACAAACGGCAGAGGAUCAAUGAUAGAGGCAGCGCCGAGCUCGAGGGCGAAAGCGAAAGCGAAGAAUUGCACCACUCCACAAGCAUGCCAGACCCGGCCGACGGAGCUAGAAGAAAGAUAGACACACCUAAUACGCCACGUCAGACAAGUAAGAGUAACAAAGAUGAGAAUCAGAGCGACACAGACUCUUGCGACACUCCAACAAGAGCCAAAUUAGCAAUAAUAGAGGAUCGACUGCAAGAACUCACUUUUUUAGUUGCAGAAGCUAAAGGAGCUCUGAAAAAUCAGAAUUGAAGUAUACAUCUCUACUUCUUGGAUAGAAGUCACCGUUUCGCUUUUACUUAGACUCAAAAAUAGAUUCUCAAUUGUUUCAUUCACGUACAGUAAGUUCACACACCUUUUUCCAGUAAGUAAGUAGCUUACUCGUCGUCACGGAACUUGUUGUUUUAGUCACCGGUAACUAACAAACGUAAUUUUUUUAUAUUGUCACAAGCAGCACUAGCAGUAGCGUAGUUCUCUACAUAUCAGAUUUUGCAGUACUCUCAAGCAAGAAGUAACAUAUCAUAAUUUCCUAAUUUCGUCAAGCAUGUACGCAUCGCAGCUACGAAGUAGUGUGAGCCAGCCUAUCCUGAUUAACAAUCGUAUUUUUGCAGAUUUUUCGCGGGGAGGUAUUUUUUCAUGAUACCCAUGCAUAGAGAAAGAUCACAAUAUGUUAUAUCCUAACACCUGCACAGACGAGCUUUUUUUAGGUUCCAUUUAUUUUCCAAGAAUCGUUGGCUACAAUCAACAUCGUCAGGAUGAAUAAGACCACAACAUUGCUGCAAGAUACAGACUGCCUGAUGAUAAUGUUUCCCUGAGAAUGUCGUUUUCACAACAGCACAUGUCAAAACUACAGCAAGAUAUCUGUG